AUGGCCGACGCCGAACGCGAGAGAGACGACCUCAAACGCGACCCCGUCAAGCAAGAGGAUGAUUCUGACGAAGAUAUGCCGCUGAGUGUAGUACAAAGUCAGGCCAGUGACUCUGACUCUGAUGUGCCUAUUUCGCAGCAAACUUCGGUAAGAGGGGACAUCCAUGAGGAACACGAUGGCGAUGAAGACCACGAUGAAGGAGACGAAGAGGACGACAGCGAUGACGAAGAAGACGAAGCCGAAGAAGAAGAUGACGAUGAAGAGGGCGAUGCACCACUUGCAGGGAAGAAGCGGAAACGGUCGAACAGGAAGUCGUCCUCACAAAGGUCGAAAUCGGACAUCGAAGGUGGCGGCGAGCAGCGCUGGACCACACUGAUCCAUAAAGGGCCGAAGUUCCCUGAGCCAUAUACCCCACUUCCGAAAGAUGUGAUGCUCAAGUACGACGGACAUCCUGUGCCACUCCCGCCUGAAUCUGAGGAAGUAGCCAUGUUUUACGCUGUCAAGCUCGAGUCUCAGCAUGCGUCCAAUCCUAUUUUCAAUCGCAACUUUUUCGAGGACUUUUGUGGCUACUUGAAACAGUAUCCACCGAAAGACGGCACAAAAAUACAAAAAUUUGAGAAACUUGAUUUUCGCGAUAUGUAUAAUUAUUGGAUGUCCCUCAAGGUGGCUGAGGCGGAGCGCAAGAAGAGCAUGGCGCCCUCCAUGCGGAAGGCUGAGCUUGCGGCACGAAGAGCCAUCGACAACGAGUACAAGCUCUGCCUCGUUGAUGGCAUUGAGCAGAAGGCAGGCAAUGUGACUGUCGAACCCCCAGGUCUCUUUUUGGGCCGCGGCGCACAUCCCAAGGCUGGACGUGUCAAGACGCGCAUUCAGCCGGAACAAAUCACCAUCAAUCACAGUGCCGAUCACCCACCGCCGAAGCCGCCUAAAGGGCAUUCGUGGGGCGAAGUGGUGGAGCGCAAAGAUGUCACAUGGUUGGCACUUUGGCGAGAAAAUAUCAACGGUGGUUUCAAGUACGUGUUUCUUGACGCAUCAAGCACAUUUAAGACCGAGUCUGAUCGGGAAAAAUUUGAAAAGGCUCGGCGCCUGGACACUUGCGUCAAGCAGGUGCGGGCUGAUGUGUUGAAGAAUCUAAGAUCCAAAGACCGACUGGACCAAAUGAUCGCUACGAUCGUGUGGUUGAUUGACAAUUUUUCCUUGCGUGCUGGAAAUGAGAAGGGCGAAGAUGAAGCCGAGACGUACGGAGUAUGCUCCUUGCGUUGUGGGCAUGCCACGUUGAUUCCACCCAACCAGCUGAAUCUCUCUUUUCUGGGUAAAGAUUCAAUGAAGUUUGAAGAAACGCUCACUAUAACGAAUCCUCAUGUGUACAAGAACAUCACGUCGUUUUUGAAAUCGGACGGCCACCAGAAGAAGGGGCCCGAUGACCCUAUCUUUGCUGCACCCAAAGCUCGUGGAGACAAAAUGACCCCUUUACCGCCGGAUGUGGUGAACCAAUUCCUGGGCAGGUAUAUGAAAGGGUUGAGUGCCAAGGUAUUCCGCACAUAUAAUGCAUCAGCCACAUUCCAGGGUCUACUGGACGAAACGGAGGAAUGGCUUGCAUCCCGGCCAACACCACAGGAACGUGAAAUUACACCCGCCAACCUUCGUAUCGCUUACAAUGAAGCAAAUCGCCAAGUUGCUAUUCUUUGCAACCACCAAAAGACUGUAAACCAUGUCACGCUGAACAAGUCGCUGGACCGCACAAAAGAUAAGAUAUUUGCUAUUAAAUACGAUAUUUACAAAGAGCAGCAGAAACUGUUGACAUUCAACAAUGCAUCUGAGCUGAAAAAAGAAUACUUGCCAAAGGAUCAUGACUUUGCAAAGUCAUGGAAUCUGAUCUUGAAAAGGCUGGACUUGGAUGUGUCGCGCAUCGAGGAGCAUGAAGAGCAUUUGAUUGAGGCAAAGAAGUCCCGGAUGACGACAGCGUUCGAGCGACAGGAGUCGGAACGUCGUUUUCAAGAAGAGCAGCGCAAAGCCGAGCGCUCAAGCAAGGUAAAAAAGGAAGAAAAGGAUAACGAGGAGGUCAAGACAUCCAAGGGCAUCACGACAAAGGCUGAGCUGCAAGCAGAACUUAAAAAACUAGAUGCACACCUGAAAAUUUUGCAGCGAGAACGGAAAACGAACAAGAGUGAGGCCAAUUCGUGCAAUGUACCGUCUACGGCUCGGCGAAUUCUGUCGAAGUAUGAGGCGAUCAAGAAGCAGGAGGCUGAGCUCUUGAACAAGAACAACACGAGUGAUGUGUCGUUGGGAACAUCGAAAAUGAACUACAUCGAUCCACGCAUCACUGUUGCUUGGCUUAAGAAAUGGGAUGCAAAAUUGCAAACUAUGACACCAAAAAAGCCUGCGAAAGCAUCCGAGUCGAACAAGAAGUCUAGCAAGACCAAGACUGAGGAGCCCCCGCCGGAUCCCGCGACAAGUGAGAAGAUGGAGCUCAAUUUGCAAGUUAUGAACAUUGGCCAAUUCUUCCCCAUGACCCUGCAGAAGAAGUUCAAGUGGGCUUCUUUUGAUGAAAAAGGCAAGCCUCUUCCGUCGAACUGGAGUUUCGUCAAAGAUGCACGUAAAAAGAUGCGGACAUUGGGUAGUGCUGAACGUAAAUAA